CUGUUUAAAAAUAUGGAACGGGGAAGGUCCAAGUGGAAAUAUUCAAAGUUUGUUUCUACCGCUAUCUUGACACAGACCGGACAUUAAACCUGUUUAGUUAGUUUAAAAUGUCUUUUUGGUAUCAACUUCUUGCAGUAGAAAUGUUCGUGUAGUAUUUAAUUCGAACCCCGGUAUGAUGAAUACGUGUAUUGCAACUCUUCUUGUUCUUUUGAACCAGCAGAAAUUUAUCACUGGUCAAAAUCUUCAUGAAGAUGACUUGGGCUCUAGUCAAUGUUUUCAAGAAUCAGCAAAAGGCAACGAAAAGUUUGUCAUUUGUUCAAAUCAGCAAGUGCAAGAUGCAGAGAACGUGAUGGCUCUUGCACUGUAUAAGGAAGAGAAUGUGCUGCCUUUCCACAAGCGACAACGGGAGUUUAACUUCCUGGGUCAGACCUUGAGAAUCCAGCAAGACUGGGGCAAGCUUGGUGUGGCUGCAGUGGUUUGGGAUUCUGCUGUGGUGCUGUGUGACUAUCUUGUGAAGCAUCAAGAGAUCGUGUUUGGGAAACGGGUUCUGGAGCUAGGGGCAGGAACUGGACUGGUUGGCAUGGUAGCUGCUCUGGCAGGAGGAGAUGUAACAGUCACAGAGAGAUUUGAGGUGUUACCGCAUCUAGAAGCUGUUAUUGCAGAUAAUUUUAAUUCUGGAAACUAUUUAAUCACUGUGGAAGAACUUGACUGGACACGUGAUAAUAUCUAUAGUUUUCCUGACUUUGAUGUCAUUUUAGGAGCAGACAUCAUAUAUGUGGAGGAAACAUUUCCAGAUCUCCUGCGACUCUUCUUCAUUUCACUACAAUAAAAACAAGAGUAUUUCUGUCUUGUCUAAUUCGAUAUGACAGAGACACUAAUUUUCUUUCGAAAAUGGAGCAGCAUUUUACUUUAUCGGUGGUGCACUUUGACUCGUGA